CAAAGAGCCAAACCAGGAAGCGCAUACCGGAAGUAGCGUAAAUCCACCUCACGCUUUCAUUUUACUAUCGAUUUCUUUCCGUACAGGACAGGCUUGUCUUCCCGGAAUGGAGCAACGGGAGCAGUAGGUAAUUCGUGUCUCAGUUAUGUCCCCAGCCGACGCGCUGCGGCGGGAUUUAAAGAAAGAGACGAUGUCAUCGCGGUGAUUGAACCGGUCGCUUGCUCAUUCAAGAGCUGCGAGUGUCUGGUCACUGACCGCCUGCCACUUUCGAAACCGACACAUGGCCCCGCCCUCCUGCUAGCCGAGCAACACGACGACGACAAAUUCGGAGCAGCACCAUGUUCCUGAAAUCGUCCUUCACCACCCUGGUGGUGGGCGUGUUUGUGGUCUACGUGCUACACACCUGCUGGGUGAUGUACGGCAUCGUGUACACCAAACCCUGCAACCCCCCUAACGGCGCCAACUGCAUCACGCCUUACCUGUCGGGAAUGCCCAAACUUGAGAUGAGCAUCUACGCUGCCCCUCGGCCCAACGCAGACGGCGGGCACACCCUCAUCCACAAGGAGGAGAUUUUUGAUGUCCAAGACAAGUUUGAGAGGAUAGUAAACGUCUCUCUGCCCAAGAAGACACGCAACAACGGGACGCUGUACGCGCUCGUGUUUGUCCAUCAGGCUGGCGUCACUCCGUGGCAGGAUCCGCGUCAGGUGCACCUGGUGGCCCAGCUCACCACCUACAUGGUGCCCAAACCACCAGAAAUCUCCCUCAUAUCCAGAGAGGACCAAACACAGCAUACAGCUGAAGAGACCCAGCAGACGAAACCACGCGAGAGUGGUCCUACAGCAGGAGGGGGAGGAGCCUCCAUGUCAGAUCAGCCCGUCUCCCACUGGCGCUCUCGUUUGACGCUCAACAUCGUGGGCGACCACUUUGUGUUCGACAGGGAAUCUCUACCGAGUGACGUGCACCGAUACCUCCGAGUGUUUCAAAAUGGCAAGAAGAUGGUGUAUCUACCUCUGCUGUUUGUUGACGAGCUCAGCAACCGCGUCAAGGACCUCCUGGAAAUAAAUAAAACCACCAUGGAGCUCCCUCUGACCAUCACCUAUGAUGCCAUCUCCCUGGGACGACUCCGAUUCUGGAUCCACAUGCAGGACGCCGUCUACUCCCUGCAGCAGUUUGGCUUCACGGAGAAGGACGCCGACGAGAUUAAAGGGAUCUUCACGGACACCAACCUGUACUUUCUGGCUUUGACCUUCUUUGUGGCCGCCUUCCACCUUCUUUUCGACUUCCUGGCCUUCAAGAACGACAUCAGCUUCUGGAAACAGAAGAAAAGCAUGGUGGGAAUGUCAAGCAAAGCAGUGCUGUGGCGUUGCUUCAGCACCAUCGUCAUCUUCCUCUACUUGUUUGACGAGCAAACCAGCCUGCUGGUCCUCAUCCCCGCCGGCGUCGGCGCCGUCAUUGAGGUGUGGAAAGUGAAAAAGGCCUUGAAGAUUCAGGUGUUCUGGAAAGGAGGAAAACCAGCAUUCCUGUUUGGCAAACUCGACGAGUCGGAGAGAAGAACAGAAGAGUAUGACACUCUGGCUAUGAAGUACCUGUCGUACCUUCUUUACCCGCUGUGCUUCGGGGGGGCCUUGUACGCGCUCAUAUUCCUACGAUACAAGAGUUGGUACUCGUGGCUUAUCAACAGCUUAGUGAACGGUGUCUACGCCUUUGGCUUCCUCUUCAUGCUGCCACAACUGUUUGUCAACUACAAGCUGAAAUCGGUGGCCCAUCUGCCCUGGAAAGCCUUUAUGUACAAGGCAUUCAACACCUUCAUCGAUGACGUGUUUGCCUUCAUCAUCACCAUGCCCACGUCUCACAGACUGGCCUGUUUCAGAGACGACGUUGUGUUUCUCAUUUACCUCUACCAGCGAUGGCUCUACCCAGUGGACAAGACGAGAGUUAACGAAUAUGGCGUUUCGUACGACGACAAACCCAGAAGGAAAACUCACAAGGACUAAAUAGGAACUUUUGUAUGUACUGAUCUGAAAUUUUGUCAUUUCUGCCACCUAAUUCAAUGUUGCACAAGUAUUUUUUUUUAACAUAUCACAGCCAAGAAAACGCAUCAGUGCCAAACAGGAGAGGGAUUUUACUUACCUACGCUCUGAUGUUUUUAACAGGCACACUCACAGGAAGUGAAGUAUUAACUGUCACGUAAUAGAUUAUCUUCCAGUCUUCUUAAAUGACUUGUUUGGUUUUAAAAUAAAAUAAACUAUGUGCAGGUUUUCUCUUCCGGUAUACUUUUUUUUUUUUUUUUUGAAUGAUUUUACUUGACUGUGAUUUUUUGAUGAUACGAGCUGGAAUAAAACUGACUGAAUAUGU